AUGCUAAUUGCCAACCAUUCCAGCUUUAUGGCCUUCACUUUGAUGGGCAUCCCUGGAUUAGAGUCACAGCACCUGUGGCUGUCUCUUCCUUUCUCCUCCAUGCUUUUGAUUAUCCUUAUUGGCAAUGGUGCUAUCCUGUUCCUGGUGGCCACAGAACCCACAUUACACACACCAAUGUACCUGCUCCUGGCCCUGCUAAUGGUGGUUGACCUCAUAUCCUCCUUGACUCUGUUGCCCAAGCUCCUCUGCCUCUUCUGGUUCAAUGAUCGGGACAUAGCUAUCAAUGCCUGUCUUACUCAGAUGUUUUUCAUCCACGGGGCAUCUGUGGUACGAUCAGCCCUACUCGUUGUAAUGGCCUAUGACCGCUUCGUGGCUGUGUGUGAGCCCUUACGUUAUAACACAAUUCUGAGCCAUUCCUUAGUUGGACGCCUGGGACUGCUGGCUCUAGCCAAGGGUGUGAUUCUCGUUCUGCCUAUGCCUCUGCUGCUUCAAAGGUUGACCUUCUGUCAGGUGGUCAUACCUCACACCUACUGUGACCACAUGGCUGUGGUAAAAAUGGCCUGUGGCCACACCAGACCCAAUCGUAUUUACGGGCUCUUCGUGAUUCUGCUCGUGGUGGGCCUUGAUCUGCUGCUCAUUGGCUACUCUUAUGGUCUCAUCCUGCAGGCAGUGAUACGUCUCAGCUCUCGAGAGGCCACCUUCAAAGCCCUGAACACCUGUUCAGCCCACAUCUUUGUCAUCCUUAUCACCUAUAUACCAGCACUUUUUUCUUCUCUCACCCACCGCAUUGGUCGCAAUAUCCCUCCUCACGCCCACAUCCUCCUCGACAAUCUCUAUCUUCUCUUGCCCUCAAUGCUCAAUCCCAUCAUCUAUGGUAUCAAAAUGAAGGAAAUACGGGACAAGGUGGUCAAAUGCAUGUCCAGAGGAACCGUGUAG